AGUAGAGGAGGUAGAGGCUGACAUGUUGUAGAAAUAUAUUUAGUGCUGCCAUCUGUCAGCAGAAAGCGCAAUAAACAGGAAGUAGUCUUAUUUGAUGUGUUUCAUUGCAUAAGGUUACUGUUUUUAAAGCGAGAGAGAAAAGUGGGAUUUGUAAUUUUUCUACGGGCAAUUUGUUGAGUUAUUUGAUUAAAAUGGUUGUCCGUCAGUAUAAUGAAGAGCUCAAGUAUUUGGAAAAAAUAAAUCCAUACUGCUGGAGGAUUAUGAAGGGAUUUCAACCAAACAUGAAUGUGGAAGGUGUGUUUUAUGUAAACAACCAUCUUGAGAAACUAAUGUUGGACGAGUUAAGAAAUGCUUGUCGCCCAGGCAUGAUGGGAGGGUUCCUUCCAGGUGUGAAGCAGAUAGCGAACGUUGCUGCAUUGCCAGGCAUUGUGGGACGUUCUGUAGGACUUCCUGAUAUACAUUCAGGCUAUGGGUUUGCUAUUGGGAAUAUGGCAGCCUUUGACAUGGAUGAUCCUAAAUCCGUGGUUUCACCUGGGGGAGUAGGAUUUGAUAUCAACUGUGGGGUACGACUUUUAAGGACAAAUCUUCAAGAGAAGGAUGUGCUUCCUGUAAAGGAGCAGUUAGCACAGAGCAUGUUUGAUCACAUCCCAGUGGGAGUUGGAUCCAAAGGAAUCAUCCCCAUGAAUUCCAGAGAUCUAGAAGAAGCUCUUGAAAUGGGAAUGGACUGGUCUCUCCGAGAAGGAUACAUUUGGGCAGAAGACAAAGAACACUGUGAAGAGUAUGGACGAAUGCUGAAUGCCGACUCAUCCAAAGUGAGCAUGCGAGCCAAAAAGCGAGGCCUACCACAGCUAGGAACAUUAGGAGCAGGAAACCAUUACGCUGAAAUACAAGUUGUAGAUGAAAUCUAUGAUAAAUGGGCAGCUAGCAAGAUGGGCAUUGAAAUGAAAGGGCAGGUUUGUGUCAUGAUUCAUUCUGGUAGCCGAGGAUUUGGACAUCAAGUUGCUACAGAUGCCUUAGUCCAGAUGGAAAAAGCCAUGAAACGUGAUAACAUAGAAACAAAUGACAGACAGCUAGCUUGUGCUCGCAUAAAGUCCCCUGAGGGCCAGGACUAUCUGAAAUCCAUGGCAGCUGCUGCAAACUUCGCGUGGGUUAAUCGAAGCUCAAUGACCUUUCUCAGUAGACAGGCAUUUGCAAAACAGUUCCACUUAACUCCAGAUGACUUGGAUAUGCAUGUUAUAUAUGAUGUAUCACACAAUAUUGCAAAAAUUGAGGAGCAUAUAGUUGAUGGAAAACAGAAAACACUCUUGGUCCACAGAAAGGGAUCUACUCGUGCUUUCCCACCUCAUCACCCUCUCAUUCCUGUGGACUACCAGCUGACAGGACAACCUGUUCUGAUUGGUGGAACAAUGGGAACUUGCAGCUAUGUCCUUACGGGCACAGAACAAGGAAUGCAGGAAACCUUUGGUUCAACUUGUCAUGGUGCUGGCCGGGCGCUUUCAAGAGCAAAGUCGAGACGAAAUAUUGAUUACCAAGAUGUGUUAAAUAAACUGGAGGAAAUGGGAAUAUCAAUUCGUGUUGCUUCUCCGAAACUGGUCAUGGAGGAAGCUCCAGAAUCAUACAAAAAUGUUACCGAUGUCGUUGACACCUGCCAUGCUGCUGGAAUUAGCAAGAAAUGUAUCAAACUGAGGCCUAUUGCAGUCAUUAAGGGUUGACUGUGAUGUGAAUUCAUUGUAUUAAUUGAGUCUUGCAGAAUCCUGGAAAUCCAGGUACUCCGCAUUGUUUCAGAUGUACUUCAGAAUUUAACAGUGGAUUAAUUAGUUCUGCUUCCUGUGAACUGUGAAGGAAUCUACAAGACUGUUAAAUGAUGUGUGUCAAUGAAGCGCCAAGAGUUUGAAUAUGGCCGCUAUUUUCUGUUCAUGUUUUCACACAUUCCCGUUGAUUAAAAAUUCCUUAUCUGUAAAUAAAUUAUUUAUUUUUCAAGUUACUGGAUCAGAGAAGAGUCACAAAUAAUUAACAAAAAUGGAAGAAUGUGCUGUUACUGAAGUAUACAUUUUGCUCAUGCAUUCUUUAUGAAUUUAUAUUCUUUUUUUAUUGCAGAUAUAAAUUCAUCGUGACAAAGUUGAUCACACUACAUAUAUGACUCUUCAUAGAGUUAGAAUUUUUUUUCUUCUGUAUUAAUUAUCUACAUUGUAAAAAAAUGUUUCAAAUAAAGUUGAUUGAACAGACCA